AUGGAUAAAAUCAAAAAAGUUUCUUUUAACAUAGUCCCAAUUACAGAUAAUGAUAAAGAAAUUGUGCAGAAUUCUUUAAGACAGUAUUUUUUCCGAGAUGAACCUUUGAGUGCAAGCUUAGGGUUAAUAGAAGAAAAAGAAUCAUUAACAGAAUUUGAAAAUUUUUGUGUUGAUUUAAUAAAAUACGGAGUAUCGUUUAUGGCAAUAUCUGCAGAGACAGGUGAAAUGAUGGGUGCCGCGUUGAAUAGCACUGUUUGCAGGAGCGACGAAAUAAAAAAAUACGGUGACGAGAACAAAAGUUCGAAGUAUAAUGAUAUUAUGGUUGUCUUAGACAAAGCUGGACGAGAAACAAAUGUAUUUGGGCAGUACCCAAAUGUAGAUCGUAUGAUGGAGUUAAAGAUUAUUACGGUUAAUGAGGAAUAUAGAGGACUUGGGAUUUGCAAAGCCCUCAUCAACAAGUCUAAAGAGUUGGCAUUGGAGUUAGGGUAUCAAAUUAUGUACGUGGAGUGCUCCAGUCAUUUUACUGCAAAAGCUGUUGAAAGUUGUGGAUUUCAAUGCAUAUAUUCGUUGCGUUAUUUGGAUUACGUGAACAAGCAAGGCGAAGUGGUGUUCAAGACAAAGCCCCCCCAUAAAUUUCUCAAAAUCCAUGUGUUACUCCUCUAAAAUAUUUAAUAUUUACUAACUUAACCUAAUUAAAUUGGUAACAUGUGGAACCCAUAAAGUAUAAACGUUACAAUAAUUAUUGUACCACCGUAGAAGUAAAAUUUUAAACAACUUAUAUAAAUUAUUAAUGUAUACCUAGGCUGUACUUCGCAUUGAGCUUAAAGUAAUCAAUGAAAAUAUAUAAAUCUGCAGAUAUUGUGCAAUGAAUAA